AUGGCGACGCUCGACGACCCAACCUCCUCGGACUCGAGUAGCGGGAGCGCAAUCUACAAUGCCCUCAGAGCGAGCUCUGACACAUCACCAGCCAAUCCCACUCCCACUGAGCAUGUCGACCGUCGAAUGGCAGCCAACGUUGCCAUGUUUUGUUCCAUCUCCUCCGAGGCGCCGUGCCGCCCUCGGCGCAACACAGACUUGCUGCUCGAUAGGCCACCAAAGGUCCAUCUCACUGAUAAGCUUCGAGUCGCGCGGACGGGUGAGGUCGUGGGAUGGUCACUGCCAGACAGGUUUCCUGAUAUUGCUACAAACGACGCUGAUACGAAUGAUAUUGGCAGCGACUAUAUCGGAAGGAAUGACAUUGGGGGAGACACCACUGAGGAUGGCAACGACAGGAAUGGCAUCGGCACGAAGAACGUGAGCGCCUCUGUAAGCGAGACUUCGAAAUCUCAGACUCCUAGGUGGCCAAAGAAUGUCGUAUCCCCCGUGAGCCCUACUCUUCCGGAGUAUCCACCACCUGUUCGAUCACCCACGCCUCCAGGUAUACCGUCGUUUGGCAGCGAAGAAGCUAGGUCAUACGACUUUCGAUUCAAUGCUCGGCCACAAGCGCCUGCCCGUGGCGAAUCGUUGCUGCGGAGACUCUUUCAGCGUGCUCAACCGAAUCCAUCAGGGCCUCAGCGAAACCAACGCCAUCGAAUCUUCGCAGAGGAUGGCACAGCAGUCCUGGGAAGCUUCCCUCAACGCCAGAGCGGCCACGGCGCACACAUGCUAGGUGCAGGGGACCACCCCUUUCAUAACAGAAACCUCUCUCUCGCCCAGUGUGAUGGCCCUGGUGCAGACUGCGAUACAGAGCGCGGCGAGGAACCGUUCACGGAGCCCGACAGCUCCGAAUCUUCUGAUUCCCUUCCAGCGUGGAUCACAGCCGCUAUGGCAGAUAUGGAAGUGGCGCCACCUUCGUCGACAAAACCCAGUCGACCGGAUUCUUACCAGACGUGCGUUUCGAGACCACAAGCCCCAAGCAGACAGGUUGCUGGCGAGGGUCCCGAUGGACCGGCCUGCUUUCUGGGACCAACACAGUCCACCACACCGACCAAUCCACAUGAGACAACAACUAGCGGGGACAGUCGGCCCAAGCAAAGCUGGGGUGAUGUUGCUCGGCGGGUUGGGGCUCUUCUUUUUCGCUGUUGCUACAAGACUGCGGUUGAGCCGGGUCACCAGCCAAACUCAGCAACGCAUGAUACCUAUAUAACUGCGCGAGGUCAAGUUUCGAAUGAGUCUCAACAGCCUCGGCCUGAAGAUCAGGUUGGAACAUGA